GCGUGGUCAGGCCCAGGCACUCUAGGCUUGGCGCCGCCUUGUUUUGCAGUGCAGAGCCGAGUAGGCAGACGGGAGAUCAGGAACGAUAUGGGAGAACAGCACUGGGACCCGGGCUCCUGAGCACGCUGUGGCUGGGGUGCUCGAUGAAGAGCACGACAGGCAGCUUUCAUUAACACGGGCCAGCGGGCAGGUUGGCAGGAUGGUGGACAAGCAGACUCUGCCCUCGUCAGGGGGCAUCACCCCAUUGCAGCAGAUGCUGGCUUCUGGCACUGGGGCGCUCUUCACAUCCCUCUUUGUUACCCCAUUGGAUGUGGUCAAGAUAAGACUGCAAGCGCAGAGGACACCAUUCUACAGAGCCUUGGCUGUAGACUCUGUGCCAUGGAGCAGUGUUAUUCGGCAGUCCAAGUGGAAGUGUUUCCUGUACUGCAAUGGGCUGAUGGACCACCUUUACGUGUGUGAGAAUGGCAGCGGAUGCACCAGCUGGUACAAGACCCCCAAUCACUUCAGAGGCACUGUGGACGCAUUUGUGAAGAUCACCCGCUAUGAAGGAGUGCGGUCCCUCUGGAGUGGCUUGCCACCAACCUUGGUCAUGGCAGUUCCAGCCACAGUCAUCUACUUCACCUGCUACGACCAGCUGCGUGACUUCCUGCGAUAUGGAAUGGGAUACCAAGGAAGUCAGAUACCCCUGGUGGCUGGAGCACUUGCUCGAUUGGGUGCAGUGACGGUGAUCAGCCCCUUGGAGCUCAUCCGUACCAAAAUGCAGUCGAGACAGCUGUCCUACCGCGAGCUGCACACGUGCAUCCAGAUGGCUGUGGCACAGGGCGGCUGGCUGUCCCUCUGGCGGGGAUGGGGACCAACAAUACUCAGGGAUGUGCCCUUCUCAGCUCUGUACUGGUUCAACUAUGAGCUGGUGAAGGCCCAGCUGUGCGAGAGGUACAGCGUUCAUGAAGCCACUUUCAAGAUGAGUUUUACAGCAGGAGCGAUCUCUGGAGCAAUUGCAGCCAUCAUGACUCUUCCAUUUGAUGUAGUGAAAACCCAGCGGCAGAUUGAGCUGGGGGAAAUGGAGACACUGAAAGUUUCUUCCAGGAAGCCUACGUCCACUUGGCUCAUAAUGAGAAGAAUCCACACAGAGUCGGGGAUCAGGGGCCUUUUUGCAGGAUUCAUGCCCCGAGUAAUAAAAGUGGCCCCGGCCUGUGCGGUCAUGAUCAGCACUUACGAGUUUGGGAAAGCCUUCUUUCAGAAGCUGAACUAUGAGCGAGAGCUCCAAAACCUGUGAAAAGUGAAGCCGAGUGACUGGCGUGUCCAUUCUGUCCAUUUUUGUUUUGCACGUUCUGCUGCUGUCAAGCUGACCACCUCACUUUGAGCGGAUAGAAGCAACUCUCAUUCUUUACUUUUGCAGUCCCACCCUGAAGCUCUUCUUCUUCUUCUUCUUCUUCUUCUCAGACUUGGAGGUCCCCCAUGAUGCUUACAUGCUUGUUGAGAGUCUGUUUGCUCGAUUGUCUCCAGCCUCUCGACUGCUGUCCUGAUUCUAUGGCUUUGCUCAUUUCUGUCGUUAUAAUUAGGAGCUCAUGGACGUCUUACUGGGCAGGCUGAAUUCGAGAAGAUGACUGUCGUAUACCUUCUGCCUUCUUGCCCUGAUUAAUUCACCCUCAGGACCUAAAUUUCCCAGAUGUGCUCUUUAUAAGAAGUGCAGGGGACAAGUGGAGUUCUGGAUGUUCUCAGGGUUUUCCUUUUUUGCCCCCUGGAAGGUUGUACCAUUUGAAGUCGGGUCAGAUGAGCUCCUCGGUCGUCCGGUUUACUGUUAGGAGGUCCGACCUUCUCCCCAUUCAUCUAGUCGGCCCUUCAUGCUCUCAUAGAGAAACGGGGCAAGCAGAAAGUCGGAGGCUGCGGUUUGUUUUUCGUUUGGUGGUCGCCCACCUAGCACUUCGCAGGAUCAAACCUCGGGUCUGACAGCACCAGUUGUGUGUCACCUGAGCACUGGCCUGUCCUAUCCUAUCAUGAAGAUCCACCUCUUCCUCCAUUUUGAAGAAUUCCAGUCCCCUCUUUCCAGUAAGCGACAGGACAGAGUGUUGAAUGAACUGACAUCAUUUGCCUUUCUGGGUGUCCUUUAUAAAUGGGAGCUGAAGACGGGAUUUUGGGAAUCAAGUAGUCAUGUGAGCAGAAGGGCUGGUUCAGAGGAGCCGGCAUGUGACACUUGUGAAGAAAGCAGACCAUGAAGUGUAGAUGGAGAAGCGGGAGGAAUGAUGCUAACAUGGACAUGUCCGGCAGUGCGCCUGUGAAGUAACGAGGGUGGUCUUCAUUGUUGCUUGCUUUGUUUUUCUCGAUUAACGUAGGCCUUUGCAGCCACAGUCUUGUCGCCCAUUUUUUGUUUCCUAGGACUGUGAUUCACAUGACACUUGGUUGGGUGAAGGACUGACUGCUCGACGCUAACUACGUUCAUGCAACUUUCUUCCUUGUUACUUAUAAAAAAAUCCAAUAAGCAUUGUGUAGCUGGUCGCGGCCUUGAAUCACUGUGAAGAAGCGAAUUUGUUUGACGCUGUGAAGUGCCCUGCCAUCUUGUUUUCGCUCGUUCCGUUGUUAUUUAUCGUUUUUUCACGUUUCCCUGUUGAUUUUGCUCUUUCUGAUCACUUGACGUCUUCUGUCAUGCAUUGGUCGUUCAGUUUGGCCUCUGCUGCAUCACUUGAGACCCUUGGCCAACUCCUCCUUGAAAGGGAGCACAUCCUCCAUGAGGUGGCCACCAGGUCCAUACGUCGGACCACCGGCCUUAAUGCUCACAACCGACCUUCUGUAUCCUGCUGCUCUGACGUCCGCCGCCCGCUCGGGUGUGCAAACUUCACGUUGGCCAGAAUGUGAGUAGAAGGGGUCUGAGAACAGAUGGGGGUCUCUAUUCACACUAAUCAGAUCUUAAUAAUGACGGCUCGCCACAUGGGGCACCUCAUCGUGUUGGGGGGGGGACUGAGAGGGCCGACCCCCGCUAGGGUUUGUUUUUUUUUUUUUUUUUGGUUUUUGCAGGGCAUUUCAGAUGUGGUGUCAAGUUAGAUUACCUCACUAAGUUUUGUUAAAUAGGGUGGGGUGCUUAAUAAAUAAAGAGACAUGUGGUCGGUCGGGGGGGGGGGGGGGGCGUCACCCCGUACCCCAAAUGUUUAAUUGGAAAUUUAUGGCAAAGGUAAUAAAAUGUUGUUUGUGGAUGCACUUGAUGUGGUCGUAAUCUGAAAACCCACUGGGGCUUUGCUUGUCGUCACUCGGAUGAACAAACGGCU